AUGGCCAAUUCGGGCCUGCAGCUUCUGGGCUUUUCCAUGGCCCUGCUGGGCUGGGUGGGCCUGGUGGCCUGCACCGCCAUCCCGCAGUGGCAGAUGAGUUCGUACGCGGGCGACAACAUCAUCACGGCCCAGGCCACGUACAAGGGGCUGUGGAUGGAGUGUUUGACGCAGAGCACUGGCUUGAUGAGCUGCAAAAUUUACGACUCGGUGCUCGCCCUUCCAGCGGCUUUGCAGGCCACUCGUGCUCUAAUGGUAGUAUCGCUGGUGCUGAGCUUCUUUGCUAUGUUUGUGGCCACGAUGGGCAUGAAGUGCACACGCUGUGGAGGAGACGACAAAGUAAAGAAAGCCCGUAUAGCAAUGACCGGAGGCAUCAUUUUUAUUGUGGCAGGUCUGACUGCUUUGGUAGCUUGCUCCUGGUAUGGCCAUCAGAUUGUCUCAGACUUUUAUAACCCCUUGGUUCCCGUGAAUUUUAAGUUCGAGUUUGGUCCUGCCAUUUUUAUUGGCUGGGCGGGGUCCGCUCUGGUGCUUCUGGGGGGUGCACUGCUCUCUUGCUCCUGUCCUGGCAGUGAGAGCACAACUGGGUACCGGGCACCCCGCGCCUACUCUAAACCCAGCUCUGCCAAAGAGUAUGUGUGAACUGGAACCUCUUUGCCAUAGUCUGACAGUCAAGAGAG